AUUCUGGUUGCCUGGCGCCAUCUACAAAGUACAUCUUCUUCCCGUCAUCCUAGAGCAGACGGAAGACCUAAGAGGGGAGGGGGCCAACUCAGUCAAGUUCCCAGGCGGAGUCUGACGCGAAAGAGCGCGCGCGCGCUUUCCAACUGAAGUUUGAGGUUGAUCUGAAACCUGUUUGCUUUACACAAGGGUCGGGGGCCACAGUGACCUGGACACGUGGAGAGCAGUGUCUGGGAUGUCUCCAAGCAGCUAAGAAGUGGAAACCAUUGCUUUCCAGCAAGAAACAAGAGAAAAUAAUUGGUAAUUAAGCCUCUGUAGCCAUGGCUAGUUCUGAUGUGAAACCCAAAUCAAUAAGUUGUGCCAAAAAAUGGUCAGAAGAGAUAGAAAAUCUGUACAGAUUUCAGCAAGCAGGAUAUCGGGAUGAAAGUGAAUAUAAGCAAGUGAAGCAAGUGUCCAUGAGGAAGAGACAAGGGCCCAGAAAGAUGCUUUGUCGGGCAGACUGGGGAAACGAGCAGCCCCUCAGUGAGGUAGAUCGUUGGCCAGAGACAGGAUAUGUGAAGAAACUUCAGAGAAGGGACAAUACCUUUUAUUACUACAACAAACAGAGGGAGUGUGACGACAAGGAAGUCCACAAAGUGAAAAUCUAUGUUUACUAGGCUUUUCUUUAUAUUACUGGCUGUUAUAUUUGAGGAAUUCGUUCUUUCCAUCUGUAUCAUGUAAUGUUUGUCACUUCACAAAAUGAUUCAGAACUCAACCUUCAAUGUAAUUUUUUGAAAUCAGAAACCAUGA